AUGCACAUAAUUGAUGAGCUCUUAUUUCCGAAGCUAAAGAAAAGAAUCGUUGUUGUGUUAUCAAGUACGAGACCGUCCUUGUUGUUGGCUAGCGAAAGAAGAAUGUUUGCGAGAAUCUUUAGACGUGGUCAGGUCCUUUGUGUCGCGAAAAAUUUGCUCGGAAAAAACCGUUCCUUUCACGCGACACUAAGGAAGGAAUCGCCGCGAAUAUUGAUAACAGGUGGGCUUAGUAGUUUGAUCGCUUGAAACGACAUGGCUUAAUACCCGCUCCUGUGUUGUUAUUCAAGAGUUUUUCGCUUCCCUUGGAAUGUCCUUCGACACUUUUUAAACAUUUUUGGUUUCUUAAAUUAUUUUCAGGGCAACACGAGGUGUAAAACGAAACAAAUAGCAUGUAGUUAUAGAUAUUAUUUACCAUGUGUUCAAACUUGGUUCAACUAACGGGGCUAAUAUGACUCCAAUUUCCCGGCUCAAAACAUGCUCUAAGUGACCAAAGAAUGAAAAUCGUUUUCGAUAUAACGGCUUGAACGUUAACCUUCCGUUUGUUUUCACAGGGAGUUUGGGACAACUCGGACGAGGGCUUGCCAAAAUUUUAAGGUAGUUGAUACUAAGUAUAGUUGUAUCCUGUCGAUCUUAAUUGCUAGGAGCCGCGAUGUUGGAUCCUCUUUUGGUCCAUGUAUUCUCUAUUGUCUUUUCUUUUACAUUAGACAGAAACGGAUAGGAAUAAUGGCUUCAUAUUUACUUUGAACUAUUUAUAUAAAUAUUCAGCAGAUGUCCCAUUUUAACACGGAAUGUUAAAAAGUUUGCACUGAGUAAAAAAGAAAGAACAUUUGUGAACGAUUGCUGUUUAUUUGAUCAGCAUUCACGGAAGCAAACAAGAUAGAAACAACUCGCUGGCACAAAGGCCAUUUGUUGCGGUUAGUUAUAAUUUGGAAAGGAAAAGAACAACACAAUUUUUAAGUGACUCUCCAGACAGUUACGGUGUUAGCAACUACAGAUGUAGGAGACAUUUUGAUAACCUGCGAGCAGAGGCCCAUCCAUCUUCCUAGAUAAGUCGGCUUAUCUAGGAAGAUCGAAGGGCCUCUGCUCGCAUGGUCACAUUUUGAUAAUUAGCAGACAUCAUUUUUCAUUAUAAGUUGCCUUUCCAUCUCCCUCCUCGAUCUUCCAAGAAAAAAGAUGAAAUAAAUUUAAGUGUCUCUAAAGUUCAUUUGAGUGUAAUCCUGAUCCCAGAAUCAAUAACACUCUUAUUACUGUCUUGAUACUUAUAAUACCGGAGUUACGUAACCGAGGGUGAUUAAAAAUGCAAAAAAGUCUUUUGAAUAACUUUGUUAUGUAAUAUAUCUUCAUUUCUCAAUUAACUAGAGAAAAAUAUGGAAGAGAUAACAUCAUUAUGUCAGAUAUAGCCAAGGCAUCCUGGGAUGUAUUGGAAAGUGGUAAGUUUCCCCUUAUCUGCUGAUACAUUAAUAAUAAUUUACUUAUUUUCUCCUCGAUGUACCAUUGUAUAAACAUAAUUAUUAUAGCAUUUUUAGUAUAGCACUUGAUAUCAUUUGUGUAUUAAGAAGCAUCAAAAGGCCAAACCACAGAGUCAAAAGUUUAUAAUAUAAUGACCUUUUACUUUGUUAAAGUUUCACUCCAAGAGCAUCAGACUUAAAAACAUUUUGACAUAAUAAUAAUAAUAUUAAUUAAAGUAGCCUGAAUUUCAGACGAUGACCUCGAGUCGUUUUUACUCCCUCAGUUACUGUUGAGGGGAUUACAAACGACUUAAAGUAAUUGUCUGAAAUUCAGGCUAAAUAUUAAGGAUGAAAUUUGAUUAAUAUUUUCAUCUAGGACCAUACAUUUACGCCGACAUUUUGGACUUCAAGAAUCUACAGUCGAUUGUUGUCAAUGAACGCAUUGACUGGUUGGUUCAUUUUAGUGCCAUUUUGAGUGCUGUGGGAGAACAGAAUGUGUCACAAGCCCUACAGGUCAACGUUGAAGGUGUUCAUAAUAUUUUUGAACUGUGUCGCAGGAAUAACUUGCGCCUGUUUUGCCCAAGUACAAUUGGAGCAUUUGGUCCUGAAACCCCAUCAAAUCCAACUCCUGAUCUGACUAUUCAGAGGCCAAAAACAAUCUACGGAGUUGCCAAAGUGCAUAUGGAGCUCCUUGGAGAGGUAAAAUAAUAGAGAGCUUCCAUACUUAAUUGUAAGUCAGAAUUUUUCCAAAUCAUAAAUUUUAUUUAAAGUCAAUAAAUGCAGUGUUACUUGCAGUUUUUUUUAUGGAAUAAAAAUUGACAUUUCAUAAAGAUCAAUAUAAAAGGUCUUACAGUAUAAUGUUACUUUCUCUUCCAGAUUAUAUAUUUAGAUGUAAUAAUAAUAUUGGCUGCACAUGAAUAUAGACCAGCAAUACUUGUUUUAGCUGAUUCAUUCUGCUGGGUAAAAUAAAGUUUUUUUUUUUACUUUACUCUUGCAUAGUACUACCACCACAAGUUUGGUUUGGACUUCCGCUCAGCAAGGUUCCCUGGGGUGAUCUCGGCAGACACUGCCCCAGGGGGUGGUACAACUGACUAUGCUGUCCACAUAUUCCAUGAAGCAUUGCGACAAGGCAAAUACAACUGUUAUCUGCGCAAAGACACAAGGAUGCCGAUGAUAUACCUACCUGAUUGUCUGCGAGCUACUGUUGAGCUGUUGGAAGCACCUUCAGAGAAUCUGAAAAUGCGCACAUACAAUAUCAAUGCCAUCAGCUUCACACCUGAGGAACUGGCCAAUGAGGUGCGCAAGUUCAUUCCCAGAUUAGAAAUGGCAUAUGAACCAGAUGAAAGGCAGGCUAUAGGUGGGUACUACAAGUACUGUAAGGAUAUAACAGUUAUUUCGAUACUAUCUUGCAAACUGCAUUUAAAAGGAAGUAAACAAAAGUAAUUUCCUAUCAAGUGCUGUCAAUCUCAGUACCCAAUAAAAAUUAAAAUUAUAAAUCAUAGUGCUUAAUUUUUUUCAGACUAGUAUAAAAUAUAUUUAGUUACAAGAGGUACUUGGCUUAACGUGGCUCAUAUUUCAUGCAAAGAAAAUCUGCAGAUCUAAAAGGGAAUGUGCCAUUGACUUGACCAAAUAGUGAGUAAAAUUUUUUCUGAGCUGAUUAAUAUUCACUGAAAGGGAAAUAUGCAGGAGAAAUAAUUAUUGUCUUUAAUUUGUUAUUGAUCAUAAGUGUCUUUCAUUUUAGCGGAUAGUUGGCCACAAGUCCUGGAGGACAGCAAUGCACGCAAGGAUUGGGGCUGGCAACAUGAGUAUGACCUCAAUGCCAUGACAAUAGCCAUGUUGGAAGCACUGGCACCAACAGUAAAAUCUUCUGCAGCUCAUCUCCACUAAUCUGACCAAGUAUUGAUUUAAACUCAGUCUUUUUAAAAUUAUUGACAUGCAGAUGCAAAUUUAACCUAAGCUGACAUAACUACAUUAAUUUGUGUGUAUGCAUUCAAUAUAAGUAGCUUAAAGCUGAUUAGGUGUUGUUUAACUGUUAGCAGUCCCCUAUUUGACUGAUAUAGUAUGUGAUUGUUGAGGGCAAUCUCUGAUUCAAAAGGUCAUCAUUAAGUAUUCAUUUGUUGUCCAGUUUCGCUCACCAUUUAUGAAUUCAUUACAAAAUAAAUAGUGGCAUCUUAAACUCUUCAAAUCCUAAAUAAUCAAAAAUAAAAAAUAGGGGGCUAUGAACAUUCCUAGCUGUUCAGAUCUAGAUUUAGAUAUACAUUGUGAGACCAAGUCUGAUAUAGUGACAUUUUGCAAUACUAGCAUAUAUAUUAUUUUUAUUUAAAUGCAAGUAAAAUACCCAGGCAAACAGGUGUGGGCACUAAAAUAAUGGAACCCUUUGUAAACUGCAUAAUUAUAAUAAUUUAUUACUCAGCAUGUAUUAUAUGAUGCAGUAUAGACUAAGAUGACUGUGUUACACUAACAGUGUCCAACACUUGUUAAGUGGGGUAUGUAGAUGUAGUUAUUUUCCUAAAAAAAUAUGAGAAGACUCUCUAGAGGGCUUUUUGAAUUUCAAGACUUUUUCGUUCAUCUUUAUUGUCCCAAAUAGGAAAAGUAUCUUGAGACUUUUUGACAUUGUACUUAAUCUCAAAGUUAAAGUGAUGGUUCUAUUAUAUUUAAUGAAUUAUUUUAUUUAUAACGUAUCUUGUUAUAUUAGUCUUGCCUCACUUUAUAAAAAAAAUGACCAGGGUUCAUUUUAUCUACCAAAUUAUAAUAGUCAUUAUUUUUACAAAAGUUGCACAUAAUAAUAAAUUAUUAUGUUCACCUACAUGUAUUUGCAGACACAAAAACCGCACUGUAUUUCCUCGGAUAAGUGUUGCAUCUCAUCUUACAACCAGCCCUUCAACCCUCUUUACCCAAAUAAAGGAGGUGUGAGGAGUCUCAUAUGUAAGGUACAGGCCCCAGUUGUUCCAAAAUUGGAUAGCAUUAUCCGCUGGAUAAAUCGCUAUCCAUUGGAUUAUCCCCACUGGAUAGAGAUUUAUCCAGCAGAUAGCAUUAUCCACCUUUUGAACAUUACUGGGCCCUGGAUGGUUGUUUUUUCAUCCAGGGGCAUAACUUCCAGACUUUGGUAUCACUUAAAGAGUACUGGGGAUAGAAAUAAAGUAUUCAAUGACAGCGUUUUUAAUGGAAGUAAAAUUACCAUGAUUAUAAAAAUAUAAGCUCUUAACUUGACUGUCUUCACAGUCUUGUUUUAGAAUGACAGAAUGACACUUCGUCUCACGAUAUACUUCAGUGAAGGGUUGGAAAGGGUUAAUAAUGAUUCAUUAGAGGAGUUUUAUUACAGUGUUGAGGAAAUGAAGCUUGAUACAGAUGUCCUUGAGGAAAUUAACAUUUGCUUAACGUGGUCUUGUUCCAAUCUUAAUCAUACAGUCAUGUGCUCGUAUAAACCAUACCGUGUUGUGAUAUGUCAAUGUAAAAUAAAUCGAGAAAUUAGUCAUGGGUGAAUCUUUAUUGAAGGAAAACUUAAACUCCCUCUUCUGAAUAACUACUCCCCCACCCUUCCCCUCUUGGACAAAAAUAACCUUUUCAAUAAGCCCCUGAGUGCUCACUUAUUCUGGGAAAUACAGACCAUAUUUUCAGAAUGUGGGUUGCAUGCAGUCAUUUAGUAAACAUUCCUUGGUUGUACAUAAUCUAUGGUUGAAACACCAAUUCAAGCAAGAGUAGUGUAACCUGUGUAGCAGGUGCUCGGGAGUAAUGGGCAGAAGAAAGAACAUGGCGUACGAGGUAUUCUUUCUUCCAUGCCCCAUUCUUUCCUGUGCCUAUUACUUCCAAGCGCCUGUUGCACAGGCUAAAGCAAAUGUUAUAAUUUGCCAUGGAGGUAAAUAGAGACAUGCAAUUAUUUAUAUACUUUAGGUAACUGACA